AGCUGCAAUAAUGUCGUCAUAUGAUGCUAUGGUCCGCUCCUUUAAGAACAAGUUCAAGGAUGAAUGGAAGGUCAUCAAAAAGGAUGCGGCCCGCAAAACUGAGCACCCAAUAAUAGCAUGUAGGUAGCAACUUAUUAUCGCCUAUAGGGUAGCAACUAAUAAAAGCAAAUAGGCGUAUCAAUUAUGAAUAGCAUCUAUGUAAGACAAUGAUAUCUCGUUAGUAGCAAACAAUGAUACCAAAAGCUUAGCAGUAUGAUAGCUUGUAUGUAGCAACUAGUAAUAGUAUUAGGUAUCAACUCAUAAUAGCAUUUAGGUAGCAAUUAAUACUAGUAUUAGGUAGCAUCUUAAAAUAGCAUUUAGAUAGCACCAAAUAAUAGUAUUUAGGUUUCAAUUACAAUAGAAUGUAGACAUAUUCUUUUAGAGUCUUUAAAAAAAGAUAUUAUUUUUAGGAAAAAUAAAUAUGUUUCCAAUAACCCAUUAAACUAAUAAUUUCUAAAAAUAAAAUCAGUUUUAACAAAUUGCCCUUAAAAAAAAAUAAUAUAACCCCCCCCCCCCCCCCCCCCCCCAAAAAAAAAAAAAAACACCAAUAAAGAAAACGUAGAUUAAUGCUGGACAGCAUUAGGAAUGAAACUGGUUGAAGUAACUGUUAACAAACGGUUAAUUACAAUACUGCUGUCUGAUCAAUGAAGCUCUAUACAUUUGUUCCCAACUGUCCAAAGCAAAUAUCCUUAACAAAUCCAUAGAAGCUGUUCGGAUACCGCGCUUAUAUAAAAACACUUAUAAUAAUAAAAAUACUUUUUAUGUAUACCCAUAGAUUAUAAAUAUAUUUUUUUGAUGUAUCAAAAGUGGACAGCAGCGCGUCAUAUUCAUGGGACAAUAACUACUGGGAACUGGUCACCGAGAACACCGGUUGUACUGAACCCGCAUAUUUAACCUCCGACCUUCUGGCCAAAGUUAAUCCCAAGGCGAAGAUUAUGAUGCUAAUGAGAGAACCCGUGUCAAGGUUGGUUCCAGGGGUGGGGGAUGAUAGCUUAAACUUAUUCUGCCCUUGCCCAUCUGGUUAUUUUCAAUUUGGUGAUUUGCCAUUUGGUUAUUUGCCAUUUGGUUAUUUGUAAUUCGUUAUUUGCCAAUUUGUUAUUGGCCAUUUGGUUAUUAUUCCAUGUGGUUAUUGCCCAUUUGGUUAUUUGCCAUUUGGUUAUUGGCUAUUUUUCGUAAAAUAUCUUAAACUGCUAACACUUUUAUAAGGUUUUGUUCAGCACAGCAGCACUCGCUAAAUAUGUGUUAUUUUAACAGGGCAUUCUCUGACUACUUGUACUUUCAAUGGGUAAUUUCCAAGGAGCCAAGCUUGGAACAGUUUCACAACUGGACAGUCAACUUCAUUACAAAGUUUGAAAGCUGUAGGCGGCACAAUUCUCUUCGGUACUGCACCUAUGUUGAUGUGCGCUUUCGAGAAGGGGUCUUCG